CGAGGCUUUUCAGCUGGUUAGCCAAACAUCCACAGAAAAAGAGAUGAGCAGGAAAACGAGACGAAGAAAAUAAGAACAGUUUAUUCAAAGCUAGACAAAUAGCAAGAUACAUAUACUCUGUUUAGGUUGUGCGUUGAAACUUCAUCACAACGCAUUCCAAACACCUGGUGUUCUGACAGUGGACAAGUACACAGGGCCAGCGUUCAUACGAUCAAAUGCUCUAAAACCAACUAACCUAUGGCAAUAAAUCACAAGCCUAAAGUAUUUAGUCAAGAAAGGGGAACCUUUGAAAGACCUUUCUACCUCUAAACACUUUCUGCAGUCGAAGUCUGUUCUAAAGUGGGGUGCAUGGGUGUUGUGCUGACGGCAGGCUGUUGUCAUGGUGGACUGGUUUGUCUGAGCCUGAAGCUAGCGUAGCUUCCCAGUUUCAUAUAGCAUGUUAGCAUAUGGCUAGCCACGUAUGGUGACUGACCAGGCCAUUAUAUUUUUCCCCUCCAUCACCAUCUCUGGCCCCCUUCAAGGGGGUAUAAACUAGUUGGUAGUGGUGCCCCCUUACCCUGUCAUCUUUUCAUUUCUCUUUCAUUUAGUCAUCUAUCCACCCCGCCCUAAAAUCAUCAACUUUUGCUUUCUUUCACUCUCAUCAGCACUCAUCACUUUCUCUUGGUACUAAGCACUCUUUCGCUUUUUUCUAACUCGGCUCCAGUUUUUUAUUAUAGCCACUUCUAUUCUUUGAAUUCAUCUCACGUCUGUCCCACUUCAGCUUCAGUUACCCAAGCUCCAUCCCUGCCCAAUUUAAGUCUCAUUUUGGCCAAGCCUAGCCCACCCUGUCGUCUGACAGCGAAGCUGCUAGGCAGUUGUUUUGGUAGUUGUUUUUGGUUGAUGGAAUCGGCUUAACCGUGGAGAGACCAGGCUACCACAAACUGAUGGACUUUGACAAGCGAGGAGUAGGGGGAGGAGGAGGAGGAGGAGCUGGAGCUGGAGCUGGAGCUGGAGCUGGAGCUGGAGCUGGAGGAGGAGGAGGUGGAGGUGGAGGAGGAGGAGGAGGGAAGGCAGAGACAGAGGAGGGGAAAAGGAUGCCUGGGAAGACGGGCAGUCGAUCAGGGCACGGUGGUCGGGGUACCAGCUCCAACUCCGGGGUUCUGAUGGUCGGGCCAAACUUCCGCGUCGGAAAGAAGAUCGGCUGUGGGAACUUUGGAGAGCUGCGACUGGGAAAGAACCUGUAUACCAAUGAAUACGUGGCUAUCAAACUGGAGCCGAUCAAGUCACGGGCGCCACAGCUCCACCUAGAAUAUCGCUUCUACAAACAGCUGGGAAGUUCAGAGGGCGUACCGCAGGUGUUUUACUUUGGACCAUGUGGGAAAUACAAUGCUAUGGUUCUGGAGCUACUGGGACCAAGCUUAGAAGAUCUGUUCGACCUCUGUGACCGGACCUUCUCUCUAAAAACUGUACUUAUGAUAGCCAUACAACUGAUAACCCGUAUGGAGUUUGUCCACACCAGAAGCUUGAUCUAUCGAGACGUGAAGCCUGAGAACUUCCUGGUGGGCCGACCCGGCUCCAAACGGCAACACACCAUCCACAUCAUAGACUUUGGCCUGGCGAAGGAAUACAUAGACCCAGAGACCAAGAAACACAUCCCAUACCGAGAACACAAGAGUCUGACUGGAACUGCAAGAUAUAUGAGCAUCAAUACACAUCUGGGGAAAGAGCAAAGCAGGCGGGAUGACCUGGAAGCUCUGGGCCACAUGUUCAUGUACUUCCUGCGAGGCAGCCUCCCCUGGCAGGGACUCAAGGCUGACACUCUGAAAGAGCGUUAUCAGAAGAUAGGAGACACUAAGAGAGACACGCCCAUAGAGGUCCUCUGUGAAAGCUUCCCAGAGAUGGCCACCUACCUGCGGUACGUGCGUCGGCUGGACUUCUUCGAGAAGCCAGAUUACGACUAUCUGAGGAAACUCUUUACGGACCUCUUUGACAGAAAUGGAUACAUCUUCGACUACCAGUACGACUGGACUGGGAAGCCACUGCCCACUCCUAUAGGUCCGGUGGCCAGUGAGACUCCACUUCAGACAAGCAACCGAGAGAAAGCGCCGCAGACCAAAAACCAGGUGAUGAGUUCCACCAAUGGGGAGCUAAAUACAGACGACCCCACUGCAGGACACUCCAACGCACCAAUCACAGCCAAUGCAGAGGUGGAGGUGGCUGAUGAUACCAAGUGCUGCUGUUUCUUCAAGAGGAGGAAGAGGAAAGCUCUCCAGAGACACAAAUGAAAACCAGAGGGGAGAGAGAAGCCCUGGUCCCUUUGUGGGUUCUCUCUGUCUCUUCCUCUUCAUGUAACCCUCUCUUUCUCCCCCCCCCUCAGUCCCCCUCUGACCCUCCUUCCCUGCUGUUGGAGGUCCUGUAGUUUACCUUGAGUCGGCUGGACUGGCUGGGCCACCGGGCAGCAGGAUAUGUUUGCUAAGCUGAUCUACUGGUUUCUACUGGUCUGGAAUGACCGGACUGGCAGAGUGUUUGCGGUUCCACCUGGGAGCUUCAACCGUGGACUAGCUGCACCAGCGGUGGAGUCUUCUUGUAUUUAUGGUCACAAACUGAACUGAAACUGGAUCAACCCAAACUGCUGGGGGGAACCAAGUGACUACACAAACAGUUGAGACUGUAAAAGGCAGAUGAUUGGCUUACAGACUGGAUUCAGCUGGUUUACUGGCAGACAGGCUCCUUCUCUAUUUUUAGUUUGUUUUGUUUAUUUCUCCAUUAUUGACUGGAGAGAGUGUACUUCUGAGGAGAUACAGAAGAGAGGACAACAAAAAAGAUGGGAAUCAAUGAGACUGCCGGACCACACGUGCACACAAAACAAACACACACACACAGAUAUGUACAAACACGCUGCACACGUUCUCGAGCUCAUCACAAAGAGACUUCAUGGACAGAAUGAUGCAGCUCUCGCAUAUAGUCUAUAACGUUUUUAUUCUCUAGGGUCAAAGGAAGACACCGUGGGCGGCUUGGUCUAUUUCCUGCAACAGACUGGGCUCAGUGUUCUUCUCAAACACAUUCACCCUCAGAGGAGGAACCUCACAACCACCAGAAUCAAAAGUUUAAAAAGAUGUUUAUGUGAAAACUAUGCUUUUUUUCUGUUUUAAUUUGUAACUAAAAAAAACUGUCUACAAUUUGGAACCUGUGUUUUUAUUUUCUGUCUUUAUGCAUUCAAAAAGUUUGUGUUUUGUAGCUUGGAGUGUGUUCCUCAAAAUGUUUGUUUUUUUAUAACUUGUAAUUUUAAUUUUCUGUUUUAUUUCUUCCUCUUUCUCUCUGGGUUGGAAGAUGGAAAGCCGGAUAACUCCAUUAAAAAAACAACCAAACAAAAUAAAAGCUGAUCUUUAUUUAA